GGCCGUUGCUGUGUUUUCCUCGAUUGUUCCACGGCCGCUACCGACUUUCCUAAGCGACGUUCAGCGACGGCCUUUUGGCAACGACGAGAACGAUCGCCGGCACCAUCGAGAUCCUGCCGACCAUUAUCCUCCCGCCCGUCUCCCUGAUGGGAGCUAGGCUUAUCUCGUCAUGACGUCGAAUGGCGUGCCCGUUAACCAGCCGCCCGACCCGACCCUCGACGCCGUAAUGGAUGGCCUCCCCGAACCCUUUCCGGCGCCCGACCCGACUCGGUUUCCAAAUACGCGGCGCCGGAUAUCGUCCUCGGCUACGAAGGGCUUUCGAACGAACCCCCCAGACUCGCAGACUUCCGAUCCUGACACAUGCCGCAUAUGCAGGGGAGAGGGCUCAGAAGACGAGCCGCUCUUCUUCCCCUGCAAAUGCAGCGGGAGCAUCAAGUAUGUCCACCAGGACUGCUUGAUGGAGUGGCUUUCACACUCGCAGAAGAAGCACUGCGAGCUGUGUAAGACCUCUUUCCGCUUCACCAAGCUUUACGAUCCCAACAUGCCGAAAUCCCUACCAGUCCAUGUGUUUCUCCGGCACACAGCCAAGUAUCUGCUCCGCAACCUGCUUGUCUGGAUGAGGGCUGCAUUGGUCGCCAACGUUUGGUUGGUUUGGUUGCCCUAUUUGAUGCGCACCAUAUGGUCGUUUCUGUUCUGGAUCAGCGACGAGGGGCUGGGCGGGAAGGCGGUCGUCUCCGGAGUGGGUAGUGGCGAGUUUGACUUGAUUGCUGGAGCCUCGCACAACUCCAACGUGUGCCCCUCCAGUCCGCUAUUUGCGGCGACUACCACCGUCGCCUCGAUUGGGGGUGUGAUCGACAACCUCCCGCCGGAAUCCGCAAGGUUGGUCAAGGGCCUAUAUGGCAUCAAGCUGACAUCCAGCGACCCCAUCUAUUCCGCCAUCCUGCGACUAUUCUUCGGCCCCGUGGCCACCAGAGACAAGCCCGCUGUCGGUUUAAACGCGACUGGGGCCGCGCCGACGCCGAGCUUAUAUCACAAGUCCCUGCUCAGCGACGUCGACUUUCUCCGCAACCUAACGCGACAUCCGUCCAUCAACCGGGCGGUCAUUCACGUGCUGGAGGGCCAGAUCAUCACCAUCCUAGUCAUAGUGUGCUUUAUCCUUAUCAUCUUGGUUCGAGACUACGUUGUACAGCAGCAGCCCGAGAUCAACAUGCGUGCCGCCUUCGCCGCGGUUGAGAACCCGGUGCAACCCGCGGCUGUGGAGCCGGCCAACGCUGAAGUCCAGGCCGAAGCGGAACCAGAUGACGAACAGUUUGAGGAUGUUCUAGACGAGACGACAUAUGCUUUCGACGAUACAAACAGCGAGACUGCGGACGAAGAUCUGAGGGCCACCCUCCGCGACCGUCUCCCUGACGAACCGGCCGAAUCCUCUUCACGGCCGAUGUCCCCAAAUCUCGUGCCACCGACUAUCCCGGCCCAAGGAAAUGACAUGCAAGGACUUGAUCGGACGACAAUACAAGAGUACCUCGACAUAUACCGCGAGGCGGGCGGUAACCUGGAAGAGGUUUUGAGGAUCGCGCGGGAGCGCAACCUCGAGGUCAAGUUGGACCAUUGGAUGCGGUUGACCAGAUCUAUGAUGGCACGCCAGCGAGACAACGACGCAGUCAGAACUGACCAGGCUGAGCCUUCGGGAUCAGUAGCCCUGCGUGAAGAGAAGUCGGAUACCAAUCCGUUCGGUCCACUAGUCGACGAGUCAGAGACAAGCGAGGAAAACAACUCCAAGGGGAAAGAGAUACUGGUAGAAGAUGCAGAAGACACCUGGGGCCAGCCGAUGGGCCUCCCCUUGCGGCCGAGGGCGCAUACUGACGGCCCUUUGAUCAAUAACACAGUCAACCCCUUUGCAAACAACAACUGGUCCUUUACAGACCUACCUCCAGACCCCCCAUCUCGAGAUUCGGUGGUUCCCGAAUCUGGGAUUCAAAGGCCGUCCGAACACGCCUUCCCAGCUUGGGAGGCACCAGAAUCCUCAAGCGACGCGACCGCACCUCGCGACCGCGGGGCCUCAACCGAUGAUUCUUCGCAGGCCCUGCCCGUUGGCCCCGAUUCUCCAAACCGAGCGGACGCGCAGCCAGUGCCCCAAGCCCCCAAUGCACGGGGCCCCGCAGGUUUCAUAGGCCGGAUUGCCGAUUUUAUGUGGCGGCAGGUUGACGCUAUUGAUCCAGAUGACCUUGCUCCUGUUGAUUUCCUUGGCGAUUUUGCCGAAGAUGAACCCGAGGAGGAAGUCGUGGAAAACGCGCCGGCCAACGAAGCGGGGCAGGAUCGGCAAGGUGCCGAUGCAGCGGGUGGACUCGACGCCGAAGCGAUUGAAGAUGCGGAGGACCUGGAAGGCAUUUUGGAGCUUCUCGGGAUGCGCGGCCCGGUCGCCGGCCUGUUCCAGAAUGCCAUAUUCUGCGCAUUUCUCGUCAGUAUCACCAUCUUCGUCGGCGUCUUCAUCCCGUACAACAUCGGCCGCGUCACGAUAUGGGGACUUGCCAACCCCAUGCGCAUCGCUCGGAUGCUCUUUAGCCUCUCCAAGUUUCUCCAGGACUGCCUUCUGCUAUUCUUAGGCUUGGCAUCCUCGACCAUCUCCGAGUCAUUCUACUUGCUGAGCCGGGCGCUGUGGCUGUCGUCCGUCGCCGACUACUCGCUGAGGGCCGUCAAUGCGUCGUGGUUUAUGGCGCUCGGCGCUGCAAACAGGAUCGGGGCCGGCUUCGUGACUGAGUUGCCCCUGAUAUCUGCAUCGGAAGUGCGCAAUUUCUCUGCCAUCAGCCACGCUGCGUUGUUCGUGCUGAAGGACCGCAUCGUCCUGGCCUUGUCAAGCUUGUGGCACUUCGUUGAGUUCUUCUUCGGAGGCGACUAUACCGUCAAAGGUGCGGAAGCAUAUGCCGCAGCCGCAAAAAUACUAGUGUUUGUGAAGCGAUUGUUACCAACCGUCUUCAAUCCGACUUCGUGGGUUCUCAAUUUCGACCUGCCCAAAAAUACGGACACGAUCAAUCACGAGCUUGCCUACUGGGCCGGCAUGGACAGGUUCUGGGCCACGCUCGCGGGGUACAUCGCCAUCUCGCUCAUGGCCGCGCUCUAUCUGCGGCGAGGUGCUCCCCUUUCUACCACCCAGGCAGCGCAAGAGUGGGAAGCGUCCAUCAUUGACGGACUCAACCAAGCAAGCGGGGUCAUGAAGGUCAUUCUCAUCAUCAGCAUUGAGAUGCUCGUCUUUCCCCUCUACUGCGGCAUGCUUCUCGACGUCGCUCUGCUCCCGCUCUUCGAACACACGACGCUCAAAUCCCGCCUUCUCUUCACCCUCAACUACCCGGUCACAUCCAUAUUUGUGCACUGGUUCAUUGGCACCGGCUACAUGUUCCACUUUGCGCUCUUUGUGUCCAUGUGCCGCAAGAUUAUGCGCAAGGGCGUGCUCUACUUCAUCCGCGAUCCGGAUGACCCCGAGUUUCAUCCGGUGCGGGACGUGCUGGAGCGUAACGUAACGACGCAGCUGCGUAAGAUAUUGUUUUCGGCGUUCGUCUACGGCGCUCUGGUUGUCGUCUGUCUCGGUGGCGUCGUAUGGGGCUUGUCUGUGUCCCUUCCGGUCUUACCGAUUCACUACUCGUCCAACGAGCCGGUGCUCGAGUUUCCGAUCGACCUGCUGUUUUACAACUUCCUAAUGCCGUUCGCCGUCAAGUUCUUCAAGCCAAGCCGCAGGCUCCAUGCCAUGUAUACCUGGUGGUUCCGCCGGUGCGCUCGAGCUCUGCGGAUCACGUGGUUUCUCUUCGGCGAGCGGCGGGUCGAUGAGGAGGGCCAGCUCAUACUACCCCAGGAUUCGCCUGAUCGCAACCUUCCAUUCUGGAGACGGUGGUUCCUCGAGGUUGACAGCAACGGCCGCGUUGUGGCAAGGUCGUGGCGCGGUAUUCUUCAAGGCGGCACGGAGAAGAGUUUGGCAACGAAAAAGGAACGCAUUCCACGGAAAGAGAGCUUAAUUCGGUCCGGUCAGCUCAUCCCCGAUGGACGGUUCGUCCGGACGCCCGCGUCCGACCAGGUCAAGAUUCCGAAAGGCGCCGCGGUGUUUCUCGACGUGGACGAGAACAACAAGAGACUAGACAAACUGCCCGAAACAGACAUCUACUCGACCAAACAGUACCAGCUCGUCUAUGUGCCACCCCACUUCCGGUUCCGUAUCUUCCUCUUCAUCCUCCUCAUCUGGAUUUUUGCCGCCGUUACGGGUGUCUCCAUCACUAUAAUUCCACUCGUCUUUGGCCGAUGGAUGCUCAAGCAGCUGAUCCCGCCGCACAUUCGCACCAAUGACAUCUACGCCUUUAGCAUCGGCAUUCAUAUUCUCGGCUCCGCGUCGUACGCGCUGUUCCGCGUACGGGCCAUCUACAGCACUAAGAAUUAUCUGGCAGCGGCCCUGGGAGCCCUCGGCCAUCGCGAUGUGUUCCGGAGAACGUGGCAUGCAGUUAGCCGCGCUGCCCGGGUCGCCUUUACCUACUUCUUUACCCUGGUGGUGUUUCCGCUCCUCGCCGCGUCGCUGUUGGAGCUUUACGCCCUUGUUCCUCUCAACGAGGUGAUGUACGGGAGUGUGCUCAGGCCUGGCUUCCCAAACUCGGUCGCUGCCGGAAGCGUCAAGCCUACAGUUCCGACGCAUACCAUCCGCGUGGUCCAGACCUGGACGCUCGGCCUUCUCUACCUGAAGCUGGCCAUGCGCAUCACCAACACGGUGUUCAGGGGCUCACGUGUCUCUAACGCGGCAAGAGCCGUGAUUCGACGCGGGUGGCUGGACCCAGAUGUCUCGAUCCUCACACGGGUGUUCGUCAUCCCCGGUCUGACGAUAUGGCUAGUUGCCGUGGCGACGCCAUUGCUUCUGGCCAAGACCGUCAUCGCCAACGGCUUCGCGCACACUUUGAUCAGGAACUUCGUCACGGGUCCGGUUCAUGAACCGCCCGAUCAGGCACUGUACGACGUGUUCGUGGUGCUGAUAUACCGCAUGAGCUUUCCGUUCGUAGCGUUCGUCAUCCUCGGCGGCCUAUCCCUGUGGAGCAUGCUUGGCGUCUUUCGAAGCUGGCAGGUGCGGAUCCGGGACGAGGCCUAUCUGAUCGGCGAAAGGCUCCACAACUUUGGCGGGACAAACGCGUUCCGGGACCGGGCCGUGUGGAGACAUGGCCGACGAAGAAUUUGACUCGACACUGCAGCGCUCGCUUGUUUUGGUGUUAUGCUGGCCUGCUUCCUAGUUUUAUUUCAAGAUGAACCAAGCUUUUCGUUUCAAGUUCCGGUUUCAAGGUUGCCCAACUUCUCUCCCAAAUCGCAGAUUCGGCGUUAUCGGUGUCACCAAGGUCAUGUCUGGGAUGAUUUCUGGA